AAGCUGCGAAAGACACGAUUGUGAAUGUCGCUCGCCAUCUUUGAUGUUGGCGAGGUGGUUUAAAGCGAGUGAAUGUGAAAAAUACUAAUCAAGAUAGACUAUUUCACACGAUUUCCAACAUGGAGGUCGUUAAGGCCUUCAACAGCGAGCUUACCUCGCUGUAUGAAGGCAAGCCUCCCAUCUCAAAAGCCAAGAUGACAGCGAUCACGAAAUCAGCAAUCAAAGGAAUCAAAUUCUACAAGCACAUUGUUCAGAGCGUCGAGAAGUUUGUUCAGAAGUGUCGGCCAGAGUACAAGGUGCCUGGACUGUAUGUUGUGGAUUCAAUUGUGCGCCAAUCACGACAUCAGUUUGGGCAGGACAAGGAUGUUUUCGCACCACGGUUCACGAAAAACAUCCACAACACAUUUCAACACCUUUUCAAGUGUCCAGUGGAGGACAGGCCAAAGAUUGUUCGGGUACUUAACUUGUGGCAGAAGAACCAAGUGUUCCCGCCUCAUGUCAUCCAGCCACUCCUGGAUAUGGCGAAUCCAGCAGCGGUCCCUGGAGGGGAGUCUGCUCACAGCACAGAAGUGGUAGCCGAUACCAAGGCAAACAAGAAUUCCAUGGAAAAUUGGAAGAGCUGGAGUCAUGGCAACAGCAUCCCAGACUCAGUGCAUGGAAGUGGCCAGGAGACCAAAACUUACGCCCUCACUCAGUGGCUCAACCAGAGUGAAAUGCCUGUGCCCAGCAAGGCAUCAGAAGAGAACUUGAACUUGGCCAUGGCAGCCGAGGCAGAAAAUGCAGCACCUCCUGACCCAGAACUUAUAGUGAAACUCCAGAGCCUUGCUUCUCAGCUGCUGACAAACAGGCCGGGUGGUUCAUCUGCCCUUGAAGACAAGCCACCAAGUCAACAGCCAGCAGCUCCUGCUGUCAAGUUCAACAAGAAGCUGCUGGAUUUUGACUAUGGUGAUGAAGAGGAGGAAGAGGAAGAGGACUCCUUUGAAGAAACCAAGGCUACUGAUUUUGUUGAGCCACCUUUAGAGGACUCUGGUGGUCAAUCGUCUGAGCCCAAUGCUAUUGCACUAAGCAUGGCCCAGAAUCUACUCAACAACCCUGAGCUGCUAAAGCAGUUGCAGCAAAUGCAGCAGACAUUGCAGCAGCAGUCGUCAGAGGCACUGCGGGCCCAGGAGGCCGCCUCCUCCAGCGUGAAGUCCCCGCCGCCGCCGACCUCGACGGCUCCUGUGCACUCCUCCCUGCCUGCGGAGACCUCUGUGAAGCACGAUGGGAGCGGCAGCCAGCGGCUAGCGUCACCUAGUUUGCCACCACUGCCCCCAGCAUCCCAGUUACAAACGCCCAACAGCAGCCAUGCUGCUGUGCAGCAGACUACCCAGCUGGCCAAUGCACCUGCACUCGUCACACCAGGGUAUGGCGGUCCGCCAGGAGCCCCUGUACUUGCGCAGGUAUUUCAGGACACUGGUGCCUUGUACCCUCCGGUGGCAUCCAUGGGUGGCAUUGGCUUUGGUGGCGUGGUAGAACCCACGGGAGGUUUUGCGCCCCUAGCUGCUGGCCCUGCUCCUGUCGACGAACAACCCCCCACAUCGGCAUCCAUGGAGACCGGUGCGGCAUUACCUUCAUACAUGAGUGGUGGCGACUUGGACGAGCGGUGUGGUGUUGUCCUAGGCCCUGGAGGCCGUGACAUGGACCUCCGCACAGCAGGCGGGGGCCUACCCUCUCCAGGACGUGACAGGGACAGGCGAAGGCACAGCCGUUCCCGGUCUCCACGGAGGCGUGGUGGCCGCUCUCGUUCUCGAUCACCAUCACGUGCUUCUGGUAAUCGCUAUAGUAGCACAACCAAGGGGGACCGUUCGAGGGAGCGGGAGACCAGGGAAAGUGCCAGAGAAAAAGAGAGGGAACGUGAGAGGGAGCGACGCCGGAAAGGAUUUCCUCCUGUGAAAAAGAACUGCCUUAGCGUUUGCAGCGCUACUCUGUGGCUUGGACAUGUACCGAAGUCGGUCUCUGAGACUGACUUGCACGACACGUUUGGUGAAUUCGGUGCCAUCGUCAGGAUUGAUAUGAUUCCUCCACGUGGCUGUGCCUACGUGUGCAUGGACCGCAGACAAGAUGCCUUUAGAGCAUUGCAAAAACUGAAGAAUCUGAAACUGCAGGGGAGCCUGAUCAAGAUGGCCUGGGCACCGGGCAAAGGUGUGAAGGGCAAAGAAUUGAAAGACUUUUGGGAGGUAGAUCUAGGUGUGAGCUACAUUCCACUCGACAAGCUGCCUGCGGAUGUCAACCUGCUAGCCUUGGAGGAAGGGGGUGUGAUUGAUAAGGAUUCCCUGUCUGACGGUUUAAAAGAGAAAUAUGCCGAACAGGAGAGGCAACGUGGCAUGUCUGAUCCACUUGCUCCCACGAUGCUUGACAUGGUACAGCAGCAACAGCAGGCGCCGCCAUCGGCAGAAGCCAUGAUGGCAGUAGCAUUCCCACCAGCGGUAGCUGCAGCCGGGGCCCCCACCGCUGUGGCCAUGGUGCCUCCACCUGUGCCCCAGUUCAGCAUCCCAUUGCCACCAGUGGACCAACGGUCUGUUAAGACGAACGAAGCACAAAUUAAGAGUGCAUGUAUGAUGCCGUCCCAGAGCCUGGUAAUGCCUCAAAUUCAGCUACCCAUGGGUGUGCCACCUCCACCUAACCACAUGCUGAUGGUGCCACCAAACACAUCUCAAACACUGUUGGGGCCUAGCGCUCUGGGUCUGCUUCCUCCACCCUUAAGCCUGCCAGGGGCUGCUCUUGGCCUGCCCCCUCUUCAUCCUCCUAUGAGCCUCCCUGUGACCUCCCAAGCAGCAGUGAUGCCCAUAGUUACCACAGCAAGCCCAGCUGUUUCUAGUGCUCCUGUGACAACUGUAACUCAGCCAGUUGCUGCUGCAGCAGCACCUGUUUCAGGAUCUUCUGCAACACCUGCCACAGAAAGUGAAACUACUGAUGUACCCAUGGCCAUUGACGGUGAUGCCACCCCCACUGAUGAAGAUGGCACAAGUGAAGCAAGUCGUCUUGGUAUGAUCGACCCUCCUUCUGGUGAACCAGGGGGAAAUGAAAAGGGACCGGUUGAGAGUGUAAAACAUGAUGGAAGUGAGUUAGCAACAAUUGCUCCUUCUGGUGGAUUUUUACCUUUGCCUGCACCACCUGGCCUGCCAGGCCAGUUUGGGAACCAUGGUUUGCUGGCGAAGGACAAAGUUGAUGCAAACUCUGUUAAGGAGCCAAAAUCUCCAGUGGCUGUAUCUAGUCAUGAAGCAGCCAGUACAGAUGUCAAGACUGAAAAACCCGAGAAAACUGAUCUUGAAAAAAUGCAGCAGGAUGAACAAAGCUCAGGGCAGCAGGCUGCUGAGCCAGGACAGGAAGUUUGUGCCUUUGACCCCUCGGUAAGCUCAGUUAUCCCAUUGCCAGUUGGACUGCCUGGAAUGCCUUCACAGCCUGUUCCACCCAGGCCAUUUGGAAAUGCACCUGUACGUUUCAGCGGACCACCACCUAUGUUCCCCUUUGAGAACCCAGCUGAUGGGAGACCUGGUAUGGAAUUCCCAGGUCCUCGAAUGAUGGGUCCAGAUCCAAGAAUGGUGGUUCCCCCAGUGGGUGAUUUCUGUCCGCCCAAUCCGCAUGAUCAGGCCAUCAUGGGUGGGCCAGGGGAGCAGAGGAUGAUGGGUGGACCUCUGGAGCAGCAUAUGCUUGAUGGACCUCCAGAAGCAAAUAUGAUGGGUGGUCUCAUGGAACACAGGAUGCACAGAGGUCCUGAACCAAGAAUGAUGGGUGGCCCAUUGAUGGGAGGACCACCUGAGCCAAGGAUGAUGGGUGGUCCAGAGGAACUACGGAUGCUAGGUGGCCCUCCAGAGCACCGAAUGAUGGGUGGUCCACGAGAUCACAGGAUGAUGGGUGGUCCUAUGCAAGAACCUAGAAUGAUGGGAGGUCCUCCUGACCAUAGGAUGAUGGGAGGCCCACCUCCACACCACAGGAUGAUGGGAGGCCCACCUCCAGGUCACAGGAUGAUGGGAGGCCCACCUCCGGACCACCGAAUGAUGGGUGGUCCUCCAGACCAUAGGUUAAUCGGAGGCCCACCUCCAGAUCAUAGAAUGAUGGGUGGGCCCCCUGACCACAGAAUGAUGGGAGGACCGCCUCCUGACCAUAGAAUAAUGGGAGGCCCUCCAGAUCAUAGGAUGAUGGGUGGCCCACCAGACCACAGAAUGAUGGGAGGCCCUCCAGAUCAUAGGAUGAUGGGUGGACCACCAGAUCACAGAAUACUGCCAGGGCCGCCAGACCAUAGGAUGCUAAGGCCACCCGACUUUAGAUUAGGUGGUCCUCCUCAAGAUUUGAGAAAGUUAGGGCCUCCAGAACCUCGAAUGCCAGCUCCCGGUCUCCGCAUGCUAGCCCCUAACAUGCCCCCAAAUAUGCCACCAAAUAUGCCUCCAAACAUGCCUUCAAACAUGCCUCCUAAUAUGCCUCCUAACAUGCCUCCUAACCUUCCUCCCAACAUGCCACCUGUGAUUGUGACCGGAGUCACGGACGGGAAGCAAACCGAUGUAAAAGGGCCUGAAAGUCAAGAAGGCACACAAAAUAAGCCCGUCGAGUUGGCUGACAAAAAGAGAAGCGAAAACGGAGAAGCGCCGAAGGAAUGGAAACCUCCAGCUUCUGCGCCGGAGCCAUCUAGGGGACCGAAUGGACCAGCAGCAGAAGAGGGGCAAGGCAAUGGCGAGCAGCCGUGGAAGCAGCCAAGUGGUUUUGGUUUCUUCGGGCCUCCUCGGUCGAGGUUUAACGAGCAAAGUUCUGGGAGAGAUAGCGACGAAGGUGGAUUCGGUGGCGAGAGAGGCGACCGGCGUGUCUUCACAAAUGCAUAUGGUGAAAGUUCAGACAGGCGUCGGAGCAGUGGCCGGGAGCGAAGAAGCCGCUGGUCGCGGGAAGAUGAAGAGCGUGACCGUGAACGGUCACGGUCGGAGCGCAGCGAACGAGAUCGCAGUGACCGGGAGAGGAGUGACCGGGACCGCAGCGACCGUAGGGAUCGGGACCGUAGCAAAGACCGUAGCGACAGGGAUCGCGACAGGGAACGAGAUCACCGAGAUAGGAGUGACCGUGACCGUGACAGGGACCGGGGUGACCGCGAUCGAAGUGAUCGGGACAGGAACGACAAGGAUCGGGACCGUAGUGAUCGGGAUAGAGACCGGAGCGACCGCAGCGAUAGAGACCGCGACAAGGAUAGGGACCGAGAUCGGGACCGCGACCGGGACAGGAGUGACCGCGACCGGGGAGACAGGGAUCGGAGCGACAAGGAGCGCAGCGACAGGAGUGAUCGAAGCAGAGGGGACCAUAGCCGAAGUAGAGACCGUGAGCGGAGCUCUCAUAGAAGCCACAGCUCGCCGGAGCGGGCUGCCACUGCAACGGCGGAGACGAACGGUGAAGUGAGCAACAGCAAGGCUAACGGUAGAAGCAGCACUUCGGAAGUGCCUUUGCCGAAUGUAGAAUCCAAGGGCCCCUCCUCCGAAGUGGAAUCCAAGGGCUCCUCCUUCAACGUGGAAUCCAAGGGUCCCGCCGAGCCGGAAGCACCCAAGGACUCUGCGGACCACGCGAAGCCUGAGGUGAAGGUGUGAUCUCUGCAUGGCAUUCUUCUGGGCGUGAUGGCCGAGUGAAGACUACUUUGAGUGCGUGAGUGUGUGAUUGUGGGAGCGUUGUGUAUAUAACAAAAGAGACAAUUCAACAGCAUGGGACGAAGCAGGGCUUUGCCCGAGCCUGAGAAAAAAAGGGGGGCUUUACGGACUGCCCGCGUGCAGCAAGUUGCCCACUGACCCUGCGGGUCGCAAAACCAAAUAAAACGAAAAUAGCGCGGUGCUUGUUUCUGUUGCACGAAACAUGCUUUGCCUUUUUUUGGUUUGCCCGCACCUCCGCCGGGUGUGUAUCUGAAGAAGCAAGAUACGAUCAAUGUUACUCCUCAGGCUCUUUCUGCAAGAGAAGCUGCUUGCGAUGCACCGUCAGCAGCCGCAGGGUAAGUGGUGCCCCAUUGGACACGACCACGACUCCUGCUGUGGCCCCAACGCCAACCCGCUGGACUGUGAACUCUUGAUCGGCUACGGACGCUCGACGCAAAGGUAGACUCUUCCACCACGGCACGCUUUCGCAGUCGAGUGGCAGUUGCCUGCUCUUUAAGAGACUGCCUUGAGUUCGCCCCGGGGAAGCGGGAAGUGAGGCUUCGCCACCUUACAUUUGUCUUGAUUUUUAUUGUGUGAUUUGGGGCUAUCGCGUCGUGAGGCUUUUGUUUUACGUAUAGAGUAAGCAGCAACGUUCAGUCUAUUUGCACCCUCCUGUAGUGUACGUUUCCUCGUCAAAAAUAAAUACUGCUUCUUGUCCGCA